AUGCCGGGCCUGAUGGCCUGCCGCUCGGAGUUCGGCACCAACAAGCCGCUCGCGGGCACCCGGGUGUCCGGGUCGCUGCACAUGACCAUCCAGACGGCCGUGCUCAUCGAGACCCUCGUGGAGCUGGGCGCCGAAGUGCGGUGGUGCUCCUGCAACAUCUUCAGCACGCAGGACCACGCGGCGGCCGUGAUCGCCAGGGACAGCGCGGCCGUGUUCGCGUGGAAGGGCGAGACGCUGGAGGAGUACUGGUGGUGCACGCAGCAGGCGCUGACGUGGGAGGGCGCCGACGGGCCCGACCUGCUGGUGGACGACGGCGGCGACGCGACGCUUAUCAUUCACGAGGGCGUCAAGGCCGAGAAGGCUUUCGCUGCCGACGGCACUGUGCCCGACCCUGACUCCACCGACAACCCUGAGUUCAAGAUCGUCCUCUCCGUCAUCAAGGAGACUCUCAAAUCGGACCCCCAGAAGUGGACCAAGAUGGCAGCCAAGCUAGUGGGGGUGUCUGAGGAGACCACCACGGGUGUCAAGCGGCUGUAUGACAUGCAGAACAGCGGCGAGCUGCUGUUCCCAGCCAUCAAUGUCAACGACUCUGUUACCAAGUCCAAGUUUGACAACAUCUACGGCUGCAGGCACUCGCUGCCCGAUGGCCUGAUGCGGGCCACCGAUGUCAUGAUCGCUGGGAAGACUGUGUUCGUUGCAGGGUACGGUGACGUGGGCAAGGGGUGCGCUGCAUCCAUGAAGGCUGCUGGUGCCAAGGUGCUGAUUGCGGAAGUGGACCCGAUCUGUGCUCUGCAGGCCUGCAUGGAGGGUUUCAAGGUGAUUCCCCUCGAGGACGCUCUGGAGACCGCCGACAUCUUCGUGACGGCCACUGGGAACAAGGACAUCAUCAUGGCUCACCACAUGGCCAAGAUGAAGAACAACGCCAUCGUUGGCAACAUCGGCCACUUCGACAACGAGAUCGACAUGGCCGGCGUGUUGUCCUGGCCAGGUAUUGUCCGGCAGAACAUUAAACCGCAAUGUGACCGGUUCAUCUUCCCCGAUGGCCAUGGCGUAAUCGUGCUGGCAGAGGGCCGCCUGCUCAACCUGGGGUGCGCCACGGGACACCCCAGCUUCGUCAUGUCCUGCUCUUUCACCAACCAGGUGAUCGCAGUGCUGGAGCUGUGGAAGGAGAAGGACUCCGGGCGGUACGAGCGGAAGGUGUAUGUGCUGCCCAAGCACCUGGACGAGAAGGUGGCUUCCCUACACCUGGCGAAGCUGGGCGCCAAGCUCACGAAGCUCUCCGCCGAGCAGGCCAAGUACAUCAACGUCUCGCCAGAGGGCCCCUUCAAGCCGGCGAUGUACCGUUACUGA